AUGACCAACGACAAGGCUGCACCCGCCUUCAUGGACCUCCCGCUCGAGGUGCGACACUCCAUUUUCGAGCAUGUGGCCGCGCGCGACGUCAAGCCUAAGAAGCUGCUCCGCUACUGGUUCGAGAAGAAAGAGGUCAAGGAACUCGUUGCCCAAGACGCCAUUGACAACCCCAACGGUCCCACCCCGCGCGUCGUAUACGCCAACGACUACGAUGAUCACGAUGACGAGAGUGCUGUAAGCGACCACAACAGUGAGGAGGAUGAUCAAGAAGAGAACGAAGAUGCCGCGGAGGACAGCGAAAACGAGGACGAGGACGAAGACGAAGAUGGAAAUGAGGACGAAGGAGCAGAUCAGGAAGAUGUCAAUGAUGAGGAUGAAGCUGAAGAUGAGUCUGAGUCUGACUUGGACGGCGAAGAUGAGGACGAUGAGGUAGAAGGAGCUGUCGCCGGCGCGCACGAUACCCAGUCGGCAACUGCUAGCGUCCACGUUCCAGCCCAAGCUACGGCUCAAGUUGACCCCGACCACCACUCCGAAGACGGGAUGGCAGCGGAAGAACCUGGACAAGGACAUGCCGGUGAGGGUGACAGCGAGGAUGAGGGCGACAACGGCGAAGAGUCCGAGGGUGCCCACCUACACAAUGAGGACGAGGCCGAAGGCGAUAGCGAUGGCGACGAAGAUUUGGCUGAUGACGGCGGUAACGCUGCUGCUACAGUUGUUGCAGCUCAGCCUCCUCCUCCAGCACCCGUAUUCCGACCUCACAACAAGUGGCGCCACAUACCGAACUUCGUGCGCAUCACUCACUGUCCUCCGCCGGUCCAGCUCCUGUUGGCCUCCCGCCAGCUGAACAACGAGGCAAAGAACUGGUUCUACGAUGCCUUCAGCCAGAUCACCGAUGCUGCCUUUUCUCCUAUGGAGAAUAUCCGAAAGGUUGAUAUCACUUUCGUUUGGGAUUCGGCCUGGAUCCGCGCCGACACUACCGACUCCAUCGAGGCCAUCUUCCCUGCCCUUCUUCGCCAGCGCUCCAAUUUCGUAUUCGAGAUCUUGUUGAAGGCGCCAGACUUGCGAGAGGUCGUCAUUCAUUGGCACGACUCCAUUCAAGACGACGAGAGCGCUAACCUCAUGCUCGACAAUCUUGCACCCUUCCAUACGUUGGGCGCUACCGUCAACAUCAUCGAGCACUACAUCGCGGCGGACGCCAAGCCCAAAAAGCGUAGUAUCGCUGGCAAGCGUCGCGUCGAGUUCCAAAACAUACUUGACAUGGGUCUUGAUCGGCUCUUCUAA